UUGCUUCACAAGUUAUAUAGUAGCAGAGCAGUGAAUCAUGAUGCAAGUGUCAUCACUGUGCGUAACGAAGCUUCCAUUUAGCGUGAAAUCGCAGCUCCCCACCGUGAAGACGAAGGAAUCCAUGGCGACAUCCACCGCACCUAAGUGGGCCCAGAAAACCAUCUCUCUACCUCCAUACAAACGCGGCUGUCAUCUCGUUACUCCUAAGAUAGCCAAAGAAAUUGAACAAGAUCUUUCUGGAUUCAAGUGUGGUCUCGCUCAUCUCUUCCUGCAGCAUACAAGUGCUUCACUUACUAUCAAUGAGAAUUACGAUACUGAUGUUCGCGAUGACACCGAGACAUUCCUUAAUCGAAUUGUUCCUGAGGGGCCAUCUGCGCCUUGGAGGCACACUUUAGAGGGUCACGAUGACAUGCCGGCUCAUAUUAAAUCAUCGAUGUUUGGUUGUGCACUCACGAUACCAAUUACAGAUGGAAGGCUUAACAUGGGAACUUGGCAGGGUAUAUGGCUUUGUGAGCACCGGGAUCAUCCUACCUCACGAAGAGUUGUUGUCACUCUUAAUGGAAUAUGAGGUGUUAGGAUCCAUUUCCUCCGCUUCACCUUGAUUUCGGAACUUAUAGUUGAAUACAUGUGCAAUGUACAAGUACUAAUGACCCUUAUUACAAUGUAACUUGAGUACUUUGCUAUGGAUGCAAUGCAACUGUGAAACGUAUUCCGACCAUUAGUGCAUAUAAUUAUUCCAAACCAUUAGUCA